CUACUACGAGAUAUUUAUCAGCUCCAUCCAUAUAUACAAAACAACUCCACUCAUCAACUCCAUCAUUUUGUUAUAUAUUAUUAUAUUAACUGCUAGGGCUGUUUCAAAUCUUAGUAUUUAUAUCUGUCUCCAUAACUCUACCAUCUCAUCAAAACACAAUUACAAACUAUCAAACUCUAACAAGCAUGGCUCGCUCUGAAACUCUCGCUACCACUAUGCCCCUCAAAGCUAUAAUGUUUAUGGCAUUGAUAUUCCUUACAUUCACUUUCACAACUUCAAGUCGAAUUCUCAGUGAACUAGAAACACCAGAAGAACCAAUUACUGAUUCUGCAGAGUCCCCUGUUUCUUCCAUACUCCCUCCAUUUGUUGCCCCAACAACAGCCCCAACAUCAGCCACAACAACCAGUACUGAUAUUCCCGAUCAGCACCACACACUAUCGUUUUUCAUGCAUGACAUUCUAGGUGGCUCCAAUCCAACAGCAAGAGCAGUGACCGGAGUCGUUACAAAUCCGGCCCUCAAUGCUCAAGUUGCAUUUGCAAAGCCAAAUGGUGCAAACCUUCCUCUAAACAACGGUGUUCCACAGAACAAUAACAACAACGGAAUCCUAAACAACAACAACCUUCCUUUCCUAACAGGACUCAGUGGGAACACAGGAAACGUGUUCAAUAACAAUAAUAAUGGGAACAAUUUCCCAGUGACGAAUAUGAAUCAGAUACCGCAGGGAACGACGGUGCAGGAGCUGAUGUUUGGUACAAUGACAGUGUUUGAUGAUGAACUGACAGAAGGUGAAGAGUUGGGAUCAGGAUUAGUUGGAAAAGCACAAGGAUUUUAUAUAGCAAGUUCAACGGAAGGAACAAGUCAAGUAAUGGCAUUCACUGCAAAGUUUGAAGAGAAUGGUUAUGAAGAUAGUCUCAGCUUCUUUGGAGUCCACAGAACAACACAAGUUUCACAAUCACAACUUGCAAUCAUUGGAGGAACCGGAAAGUAUGUGAAUGCUAAUGGAUUUGCUAUUAUUAAGACAUUUCCGGUCAACGGUCAGCAACAUAACACUGAUGGACUUGAAACUCUCUUGCACCUCACUGCCUAUCUUUCCUAUUAGUAGCGUUGUCUUUUAAUUAUGUGUUGUGAAUGAACUUUAUGUUUUCACUUUACAAAACUAUUGCAAAAAAUUUGUCUUUUGUGUAAUGAAUAUCAAUUAGUGAUUGUAUUGUACUUUUGAAAAGGAAUCAAAAUAUGUUAUGCAUGAAUUUGACUUUACC